AUGUCCUGCUGCUGCCACAGCACCAGCUCCCGCCCUGCCAUCAGGAAUUUCAGCUCUUCUUGUGCAGCUCUUCCCAGGAAUCGACGUAGUUUCAGCACUGCCUCGUGUCUCUGGGGUGGUGGCGCGGGCUACCGUGGUGUGGGUUACUUCAGCAGCAGAAGUCUUGAUGCUGUGGCCUUCUCCAGGCCCAGAAUAGCUGUUGGAAGACGUUCUCCUCCAAGACGUGGACAUGGCUUCCGUGCAGCUGGCACGAGGUUCAGCUACCGAAGCGCUGGCUUUGGCUACAGGGUUUGUGGAGCCUCCAGGCCAUGCGCCAUCACACCCAUCACCAUCAAUGAGCAACUGCUCCAACCGCUCAGACUGGAACUCGAUCCCAAUGUGCAAACGGUGAAGUACCAGGAGAAGGAGCAGAUCAAGACCCUCAACAACAAAUUUGCUUCUUUCAUUGACAAGGUUCGAUUCCUGGAACAGCAGAACAAGGUGCUGGAGACCAAGUGGAGCUUUCUGCAGGGUCAAAAGCUCCGCAAGAAUACCAUCACGCCCAUGCUAGAGACUUAUACUGGUAACUUGAAGAAGCAGCUGGACGCACUGGGGGGCAAGAGAGCCCAGUUAGAAACAGAGCUGAAAGCAGCACGGCAGGUUUUGGAAACCAACAAGAAAAUGUACAAGGACGAACGCAGCCAGCGGACAUGCACCGAGAGGGAGCUCAUUGCCCUGAAGAAGGACGCAAGCUGUUUUUUCUUAAACAAAGAAGAGCUGGAAGCCAAGGUGGAAAGCCUGAAAGAGGAGGCUGAAUUCCUGAGAACGUUCUAUGAGGAGGAAACCCACCAGCUGCGGGCCCAGAUCUCACAUGCUUGGGUGGUGAUGCAGAUGGACAACAGACGAGAUCUUGACCUGGAUGGCACCAUUGCGGACGUCAAGGCUCGGUACGAGGACAUUGCCCGCAGGAGCCAGGCAGAAGCACAGGCCUGGUACGAAAGCAAGUUUGAGGAGCUGCGAGUCACUGCAGGCAGAAACGCUGACAGCCUGCGAGAGACGAAAAAUGAGAUAGCUGAGUUGACACGGGGAGUCCAGAGACUGAACAGAGAAGUGAGGAGCGCCAUGGACCAGCGCUGCAAGCUGGAAGCCGCCGUGGUUGAUGCUGAGCAGCGUGGGGAAAGCACUGUCAAGGAUGCGAAGCAGAAACUCUCUGAGCUGGAGACAGCCCUGCAGCAGACCAAGGCCAACCUGACCCGGCAGCUCCGCGAGUACCAGGAGCUGAUGAACGUCAAGCUGGCCCUGGACAUCGAGAUCGUCACCUACAGGAAGCUGCUGGAAGGAGAAGAGAGCAGGGAGUUCCCCAAGCUGAAACUCAGCUUUGCUCUGCCUUUUGCAGCUCUCUGCCGUUCGCAGGGGGGUCUCGCCUACGGCCUCGAGCCUGGCUUUGCAAGCACCCAUGCGUCAGCCAACAGAAACCAGACCAGCGUGGGGGUCUGCGGCACAGCGGCGAGCGGCAGCGAGGGCAGUAGCAGCAGGAGCACGAGGAGCUCCCACGUGAAGGUGGUGUCCAUAACCAAGUCAGCCAGGAGCAACGCGUAA